AUGGAAGCACAUUUUCAGUUGACAAACUGCCUGUUCGAACUGGAUAUGUUAAAAGAAUCUAAUAUGUAUUUAGAUCAGUUAUCAUCAUAUAAAACUAGUGCCGCAUACAAAUGUCGUUAUAGUGAUUUAUUAAAUGCACAAUCUUAUAAUAGAGAUAGAUUUAAUGAAAAAAAAUUGGUUGAAACAUUGGAUUCUACAUCAAAUGUUCUAGAUGUGUUACAUAUUGAAGAAGCCCAGAGGAUAACUUUUGAGAAAUACUUUCGUAAUCAGGCAAAAGAUUACCAACGGAGAUAUUAUGGGCAUGUUAAUUUUUUUAGUGACAACAAACAAGCCAAUUUUUUUGGAAGCUGGGUCAGAUCAAGGUUUAUUUUUUUAUGGGAAAAAAAUACAGAGAAGAAUUUGCUCACACUGAAAGGGGAUGAUUGCAUGGUAAAUUGUAUACAACCACACCCUUUAGAGUUUUCCUGGGCAACUAGUGGUCCUGGUAAUAAAGUUAAAAUAUGGAGUCCAUUGCCAGAUAAAGAGAAUGAUCCAUAUUUAACGGGUGAAUUUAGCAGAAGAGCUAUGUUUUGCCAAAGAUAUUUGAUCAACUAUUAA